CAAACCCUUCCUGCAGAUAGCCUACCGAACAGACUACAACACAGCUUCAAUUCCCAUAUAAACUUCACUGCUGCAGACAGGGAGCCUCAUACCGCUGAACAGACAGGCUGCCAUGGCUUCCAUCAAGCCUGCUCUUCCAAUGGCUCUCCUGCUGUGUGGGCUCGUGUUGAUCGGAUCCCUGCAGAGCACCGAGGCGCAGGGCGGAGGGAAGAUCUGCCCGCAGUUCUGCUACGACGGCAUCGAGUACAUGACCUGCCCGUCGACGGGGAGCCAGCGCCUGAAGCCGGUGUGCAACUGCUGCCUCGCCGACGAGAAUGGCUGCGCCAUCUACCUGAACAAUGGGCAGGUGGUCAACUGCCCCUGAGGCCAGCCGGGAGCUGUUUCUUCGGUUCCUGCGUGUUUGGAGGAGAUUUUGUCUUGCUGCUGAAUAAAAUGUGUCACUGAUUCACUGGAACUGUUUCUUCAGUUCCUUGCAUGUUCAAAGAGGAUUUGCCCUGAUGAAGCAGAAUAGAUGUCUCCCUGGUGUGAUGUGUAAUAUUAAUAUGAUAGGAAAAUAACGUUCUGUGGAUGGUUUACGUUGUGAAUUUCCCUUACUAUUCUAGUUGAGUGUGAAUUCGAGUAUGAAAUGUUCAAGUAUCACUAUAUAGUCAUCUUUCGUGUCAUCUCCCUUUGUACAAUAGAAGCCAUGGACUUUUAUAGAAGAAAGUCACAAUACUACCCUUAAAGGGCUU